CUCUCCUUUUCCAGCAUCAUCAAUUCCUGCUACACCACCGAACUUAGCACCCCGCCACAUCUCCCGGGCGAGCUGCUGCCGACGAUCGAACAGCUCGUUGCUUGCUUUAUCGACACGCCUUUACCCUGGAGACUGGGCUAGCCGCACGCUUUCCCCAACGAUCGGAAACCCUAAAUCUGUGCGCAUGCGACUCUUUACGUCAAGCUGAUCCCGUCGUCGGUCUUGAUCAACUUCCCUUUCAUCAUCAUAUUCACACACACUUCAGAUUCUCCCUCUCGGCAUGUCUACUGAGGCACAAACCCGGCCGGCGGCCUCGCGUGGCAGAGGCGGCGGCCGUGGCGGUCGUGGAGGCCAGUCGCGUGGUGGUGCUCGUCAACAGACCAGAGCCAACGGUGACAAGUUCGACUCACUCGAUGCAAUUGAGGACGAGGGUGAGAUUGGCGAGCUGAAGAAGCUCUACGGCGCCAAGACGGCCUUGAUCAAGGAGAUGUUCUCGGACUGGUCCGAGGUCGACAUUCUCUUCGUCCUGCAGGAGACUGAUGGCGAUGAAAACUUGGCUGUGACCAGGAUUGCUGAUGGCCAAGCCUCUCAAUGGGGUGAAGUCUCGAAAACCAAGAAGGACCGCUCAAAGUCCAAGGCACCCAAGGACAUUACAUUCACUACUACUACUGGUGAAACCACUCCAGGCUACAACAGACCCUCGCGAGGUGGGCGUGACGGGGGUCGUGAUGGUGGACGCGGCCGUGGGAGGGCCACGGAACGCGGCGGCCGUAGUACGCGUGGUCGGGCCGUUUCUGCCGGUGCGAAUGGUACCCAUAACGACAAGAGCAAUGAUCUUUCUGUUCCUACCGAAGAGUCCCCAGCCUGGGACAACGCGAAAGCCGAUGAGACACCCGCUUGGCCAAGCGCGACUACCGAGGCACCUGCCGCCCCCAAGUCUACUGCUCCCUCCACCACUGCCGCUCCUGCUCCUUCCAAACCCGCCGUCUCUACCUGGGCUAGCAUGCUUAGACAAUCUACUGCUCCUAAGCCUGCCCCCGUAAAACCCAAAGCUGCCCCUGCGCCUCCACCGGCCGAGACUAUCGAGCCACUCCCUGCCGCGGCCGAGGAGCCCGCUGCUGAGGAGCCUGAGCCUGUCGAAGAGCCGCUCAAAGAGCCAGUCAAGGAAGAUCCGGCCCCUGAACCUGUCGCCACUGUGGUGCCAGAGGUGGCACUUCCACCUUCUCAAGACCAGUUGACAGAGACGAACCUGGAGCAGAUCACAGAUAUCUCGCAUCCCCCCGAGACCGAGACUGCCCGCAGCGAGGCUGCUGAUUCAUGGGACCCUCGCACUGCCGCACUCAGUGCCACUGCAACGCCCCUUUCUGCUUCUCAGCAGCAACACCAAAACGCACAGUCUUCGAGGGCUGCCACCAGCGGCUUCGCAGCCACCGCGAUCAAGGCUACGGAGCGAGCAGCUACCAGGACUCCAAGCUACGGCCGUAGGCUUCUCGACCAGGAGGAGGCCGUGCGCAUGCCCACCAACCGUGAGGUUGAUCGUGCCACGGUCCAGUUUGGCGCCCUGAACUUUAGCGGAGAGGAAGACAUUGACGGCGACCGUGAGGAGCCUGAGACCAGGGCACAGCCCCCAGUCGACUCACCUGUGUCGCACCCCCGCACGUCGCUUCCCGUGGCACAGCCCGCUGCUGUUCCCGACUCUUUUGCUGCCCAGAAGCCGGUAGCUGCCCCUGCCGCCGCCACUCCUACGGCACCUGCAGUUCCAUCUGCGAUCGCUCCCCAGCAACCCGCUGCUAUGGCUCAAGCAGCUCCCCAGCAACCCCCGAUCAGCCAGCCUUCCCAGCCUCACCAAGGCUUUGGCCGCUUCGGCCAGGACCAACACUCGUUUGGCCAGAAGCCUUACGAUGCUUUCGGUCAACCCAACAUGACCAACCCUCCCGCUACCACUCAAAACCAGUACGAUGGCUUCCAGGGCCAGGCCCCGGCUCAGACUCAGCCCCUCACUCAGGCUCCGGCCCCCGCAGCUGCUCCCGCAGCCGCCAUGAGCUCUGCACCCAACGACUACUCAUCCUUUUACACCGCUGAUCCCUCUUCCAGGGCUCCUUACAGCGGUUACUAUGGUAACAACUUUGGCCAGCAGCAGGCCAGCCAGGGCCACCAGGAUGGUCCCCAGCGCUCACUUGGUGCUUAUAACACUUCUCAGGCCGACCCCUUGAGCCAGUACCCCCAGAGCGGCGCGCAAGCUCAGGCUUCGUCUCGCUUCGGCGCCGGGUCAGCCCUUGACUCUCAAAACAGCGGAAACAACACUCCGCAGCCGACGGCCCAGAACCAGCAGCAGGCUGGUCAGAACACGCAGUCGCAAGCCCAGCAGGCUCAGCACCAAUACCCCUACGGAGGGCAACACCCCUACCAAUACAGCCCUUACUAUGCUGCCUACAUGAACCAGCAGUACAACAGUGCCUACGGUCAAGGUGGCUACGGCAGUGGUCCCUACGGCUCAAAGGGUGGUGUUUACGGUCAACCCACUCAGUAUGGAAUGAACCCCCCGUAUGACCACGCCUCUACCGGUGCUAGUGGAUUUGGCCAGUCUUCGCUUCAUCGCAACGACAGUGGACUGGGAUCUGGCCUCGACUACGGCCGCGCAUCUGGCCAGUCUGCCAACCAGCAAGGUCUCGGAAGCGGUGGUUUCGGCGGAGGUGUGCAUGACAACUUUGGCCGUGGCUCGACAUACCAAUCGCAGGCCGGUCAAGGCUUUAACAACCCAAGCCAGCAGACAGCUAACGCCCCGUCUGGCAAUGACGACCUGAAGCCCUUUGGCGAGAAGGCUGGAAGCGGCCCCAGCCCAUCCAUCAGCGGCGCUCGCCCCAUGUCGGCUGCUAACAAUGCUCAGUCUCAGCAGGGCCUCCCACCCUCGCAAUCCGGCCAACAGGGCGCCGCAGGCAUGGGUGGUUACGGUGGGUACCCGGGUCAUCUUCAGCAGCAGGGCCACCACAUCGGCCAGACUGGCGCAGGUGGCUUCGGUGCUGGUGCCGGACAACAGGGACAUGGUAACAACCCCUACGGUGCCUAUGGUAACCAGGGUUUUGGUGGCAGCUACUACGGGGCGCAACCUCGCGGUUGGGGCAACAACUACCAUUAGGCCAUGGAUCCAAGGUCAACUCACACCAGUUGAUAAGUUGCGUACCCAAUGCGGAGGAUGAAUAUGCCUAGGUCGACUUGCUCCAGUGAGGGCAAUAGGCGGCAAUGUCUAUCGGCCGCAUGAAGAUUACAUUGGCAACUUCUACGUCGAGAUGCAGUCUCGAAUCGCUAAGCUUAAUUGAAUACGAGGAAUGAUGGGGUCACACAAUGGGUCCCAUCCUCGACUCUUCUUUCUUUUUUUUGUUUUUCCCUGUUUGCUGGGUUCAUAUCUUAACGAUCUUCGAUUUGGUUCUCUGUUCAAUGGUUAAGGAAGGGGCUUCUCAGAUUUCUUGUUUGUACAAUUGAUUAACUCUCUACUCGGAAAUCGGUUGGGGGUGGUAGGGUCUUUCGACACAAAAGAACUGAAUCGAUUCAAAUUGGAAGAUGCAUGAUUGCUUUGGGCCAUUUCGUUUGGUGUGUUUUCUUUGGCAAAAAUUCAUUCGUCUCCUUCGGCCACUUGUUUCUCCGUGUAUCAUUUCAAAUGGAAGGUAGUUGGAUGGUUUUAAAACUGAGUGCUCCUUGGUUGGUGAAUUUCACCGCCCGAGCUUCCCACAAGGGUUGCCGAAUCAAAAGCUCGUCAAUUCUUUGAAGCAUAUGACUUAUCCCUCUUUCCGAACAAGUGAAGAAUUUGCGUGUGGAUUGUGCAACCGCA